AUGUCGGGAUCGUUUUGGAAGUUUAGCAAUGGCUUUACUUCACUCUCGAAUAUCACCACCAUUUUGGAAAAUUACAACCAGAAUAGGGAUAAGCUGGAUUCUUCUCUGCCAGAAUCAGUCAAAGAAAAGCAGAGCGAUGUGUUAUACAAAUUGUUGGAUGAAAAUGAUUUAUUGCAAGAACUUUUAUCCAAUAACCCAAUGCUUUUAGAGUUUUUAAGAGAGGAAGAUGUGUUGCGAAUGUUGGUGGACAUCGUUAUCUCAGAGGAGAAUGAGUCACUGGAUCUGCUAAAGAUUCCUGAGGAUAAAGAAGAGGAGGAAGAAGAAGAAGGUCAAGAAAGGUUUAAAGAGAAACUGCAAUCCGACAACGAUGAAGAUGAAGAUGAAGAUGGAAAUGACAAGGCUAAAAACUCUGAAAAAGGACUGGAGGAUUCUGAUAUUGGUAACAAGGACGACAACGACGAGGAGGAGGAAGAUGAUGUAGAUGAUAAGAAACUGGAUAAGAAACAAGGUGAUGAGGAUGAUUCUCACACUAAUGAUCAGGAAGACCCCGAUGGUGAUAGUGAUGGUGAAGAUACCGAACAGGAAUUGCCAGAAGAGAAAUUUAGAAGACGUGCCACUUUGGCCGCAGAGGUCUUGAGUGCAGAUGUUUGGUCAUUAACGGAUACAGUUAUGGAGUCUACUUCAAACCUUGAUAGGUUGUGGAGUGUAUUGGACUCGACCACGCCGCUUAAUAUGAAUGUCUCAACGCAUUUCAUGAAGAUUAUGGAGCAUUUGUUGGAUAUGAAGUGUGAUGAAAUGAUUACAUAUCUCAUUGAAAACCAGCCAAACUUGGUUGAGAAAUUCACAAACCACCUUUCAAACCCACCCUUGAUGGAUUUCUUGCUCAAGUUGAUUUCUACAGAUAAACCUGAUAAUUCUACUGGUAUCAUUGAUUUCUUGCAGAACCAAAAUUUAAUUUCUCGACUAAUCGAUGCAUUGGACGUGCCAAAUGAGCCUAUGGAGGAUGUUGAAGUUCAAACUGAAGCUGUGGCUGAGGCUGAGACUGAGUCAGAAGCGACCGUUGAAGCUAAGGCUGAAGCCAAGACUAAAGCUAAAGCAGAUGGUGGUGCAAGUCAUGAGAUGUUACUUAUAGAGCAAAGCAGUGCAGCAGAUUUCUUAAAAGCACUCAUAACUAUAUCUGCCAAUUCUACCGCUGACAACUCCACCAUUGGUCCUAAUGAGCUCACUAGAGAGCUUGUUUCUGAAGAACGAAUAUCACAAUUGUGCAAAAUUAUGCUCAAAGGUGGCUAUGCUUUAGCAAAUGGUGUAGGUAUCAUCAUUGAAAUCAUUCGAAAAAACAAUUCUGAUUAUGACAUCUUGCCAGUUUUAUACAUCACUUUAGAAAGUCACCCACCUACCGGGAGAGAUCCGAUAUAUUUGGGCCAUCUUUUACGAGUCUUUGGAGAAAACAUACAUAAUUUCAAUAAUCUUUUGAUCAAAGAUGAAAGCGACUCUAAAUUGAGAACACCAUUUGGUGUUAUUGAACCUUUAGGAUUUGAGCGGUUCAAGAUUUGUGAAUUGAUGGCUGAACUCUUGCAUUGUUCCAAUAUGGCACUUUUGAAUGACAAUAAAGGGUUUGAUGUUGUUAAGGAAAGAGAUGAAUUGCGAGUCAAGAUGAAGGAGUUUGAUCCUGUUAGUUUCAAGUACAAUGAAACGAUUGUCUUGCCUAGUGAGGAAGAAGAAGAAGAAACUGGUGAUGAUACUGAUGCUGAUGCUGAUGUUGAUGUUGAUGCCAAUGCAUCGACGGAUGCUAACAACACGGAUCAAGAGGAUGGACAAUCUCAAUCAAGGCAUGAUGAUCUGCUUACCGAGUCGGCUGAAUUAAAGGACGACGAUGAACCAGUAAAUGAUACUAUCGACGAGUUUAACAGGCAAGAUGAUUUUAACGAUGAGGAUGGACCACAUGCUAAUGCCAACUUAUCCGAAGAAGAAAUUAGAUCAAAGCCCGUGGUUGGAGAUUUUUUGAAGAUUGCAUUAUUCGACACCCAGAUUAUCUCCAACAUCUUAUCGAUGUUUUUCCGUUUCCCCUGGAAUAAUUUCCUCCACAAUGUUGUUUUCGAUGUUGUUCAACAGGUUUUGAAUGGGUCGAUGGAUAUUGGCUUUAACAAGUUUUUAGCAAUUGACUUGUUCCACCUGGCUGAUAUCACCAACAAAAUUAUAGAAGGUCAAAAGUUAUGCACUGAUUAUGAAACUAGUCACAAUGGUUUGAGAUUAGGGUUUAUGGGCCAUCUCACAUUGAUUGCUGAGGAAGUUGUUAAAUUUGUUCAGCUUUUCCCAGCAAACACUUUGAGCGAGUUUAUCAAUGAAAAGAUUGAAAGCGAUGUCUGGGAAGAUUAUGUCAGCCAUGUGUUGUACGACACCAGAGAAAAGUAUAAUGCUAUACUUGGAGGCAACGAUGACGACGAUGAUGAUGAGGAGAAGGAUGACGAGGAGAACUCUACUUUUGACGAAGGCUUGGGCGAGAUUAUUGAAGAAGUGAAAACUGGGUUGUCUUUCCAGGAUAGUGGUGAUCAAGAUCCUGAAGUAGACCUUGUUGAGGAUCAAGUAGAGUCUUUGGAAGAUGAUGAUGAUCAUGAUGAUGAUCAUGGUGAAGGUGAAGGUGAAGGUGAAGGUGAAGUAGAUGAUGUCGAUACUUUGGCAAAUACAGGUAAAGGAAAUACUGAUCGGGCAACAAAGAGUGACUUGUUAGAUAGCGAUGAGUCUGAGUCUGAUGAUGAUGAUCAGUUUUCUAAUUUCAUGGCGCAGCAACUUGCAUCCAACUCUAAUCAUGAGGUCAAAGAUCCCCUGCUGCGAAGUGACGAAAUCCAUAAAAGGUUGGACUCGGAUGAUAGCAGUAGUGAGGAUUCCGAUGAGUACAUUGACCCAAAUGACGAUGGCAUGCUGUACAAGAAAUCCAAUCCACUUUACGACAACUUGGGUAUAUUGAAAGACCACCACAAUUUUGGCGACGCUGAUGACGAAAAAAUUGAAAAGACAAAAGAGUAA